AAGAACUGUGGGUUAAUCGUACAACUGACGGCGAAGCGUCGCAACAAGAUGCGGCCAAACAAAAUCAGAUUAUGAUGAGUCGGUGCCGAGUAUUUGCCGUGCGACCAUUGCCGAUGCCUCAAGGUGUGCCGUAACCGAAAAAAACGUAUUGAAAAGCAAACAUUGUUUUGGUGCGAAACGAUUAACGUAAACUAAUUAAAAGUGUCAUCAGUGUGCGUGAGUGUCUCUUUUUUAUUUUGGUGUUUUGCGUAUCAUGUUCUAUAGUGUAAUCUAAGCGAAAAAUGUACUGCACAACGCGACUGCUAAGAUACGUUCUAUGUGUCAUCAAUUUGAUCUACGCUCUUAAUGGCUGUCUGCUCAUCUGGUAUGGCACCUGGCUGCUGGACACCAUUGUGGAGCAGCCAAAUCCCAUCGAUGAGGGCGAGAGAAUGGCAGCCAUACUCUGUAUUCUGCUUGGCUCCGUCAUCAUUUUGGCCAGCAUUUUUGGCACUGUUGCUUUGGCCAAGGAGUGCAAGAAAAUGCUCAUAAGUUAUGCAGUUCUUUUGUUGCUGCUAUUGGUCAUACAAUUCAUCAUGUUCAGCAUCAGCUUUUCAGCCAGCAGAGAUGCAUUGCCAGAGAGUCUGCGUCAGGGCUUCGACGAGCUUUGGGAUACACUCUCAAUGCGAAGCAACAGCACAUUAAACAUCUACGAGGAGUGGCUUCAUUGCUGCGGUCGAAAUAGCGCCGAGGAUUACAUCAUGCUGGACAGAGAAUAUCCUCCGAGUUGUUGCUUGCAACAGGAUUGCACAAAUCCGCAAAAUCUCUUUAUGGAUGGCUGUGAAAACAAAUUCAAGCAUUAUGUGAGCACAAAGACAGCCAAUUUCCAUACGCUCAGCUGGAUGUUAAUAAUCAUUGAGUUUGUUGGCUCUGUAGCUACCUGUUAUUUGGUGGAUAGCAUACGAAAUCAUCGCGAUCGCGUGCGAUUUUAUAAUUAAUGGAAAUUAAUAUUUAAUUGUUGACACUGUAUCCUGUAUUAUUAUUAUAUUCUUACUUCUACAUUUAGUUAGUUUUUUUGUGAUUGUACAUUUUUAAAUAGUUAACGAAAUAUUUUACUAUUUUACUACAUUGCAUUCAUUGAUAAAAAUAUCAAUGCCAGCGCACGGCAUUCAAUAAAAAGAAAAAAAUCACGUUGCGGCGUUGUAAAAUGACUCCUACGCAACAUUGCAAUAACAACAAACUAUAAAAUAAACCUGUUGGUAUUGACUAAUUUGCUGUAGACUGCAAGAUAAAUAUAAUAAAUUCAGCGAGAAAUAUCUGAAAACGAG